ACGAGACGGAGCAACAGAGACGGCAUUCGUCUGAUGAAGAGCAUUUCUCCUCAUCACCUGAUGACCAAAAUGUCAAAUAGUACAGGGGGAGCUGGAUGGUACCUUGCCUGGGUGCCAGACAAGAUGGACUUGAUGGACUCGAUGGCCAGACAAGAUGGACUCGCAUAAAGUGGUCCUCUGUAGCUCAGCUGGUAGAGCACGGCGCUUGUAACGCUAAGGUAGUGGGUUCGAUCCCCGGGACCACCCAUGCACAAAAAUGUAUGCACGCAUGACUGUAAGUUGCUUUGGAUAAAAGCGUCUGCUAAAUGGCAUAUUAUAUUAUAUUAUAUUAUAUUAUAUUAUAUUAUAUUAUAUUAUAUUAUAUUAUAUUAUAUUAUAUUAUAUUAUAUUAUAUUAUAAUUCCUUUCCAUACGGUAUACAGUACAGACUGGAUCAUAUAUACAGUUAGUACCCAGGCCUCCCCUGAGACCCCCUUUAGUACCCAGGCCUCCCCUGAGACCCCCUUUAGUACCCAGGCCUCCCCUGAGACCCCCCUUUAGUACCCAGGCCUCCCCUGAGACCCCCUUUAGUACCCAGGCCUCCCCUGAGACCCCCUUUAGUACCCAGGCCUCCCCUGAGACCCCCUUUAGUACCCAGGCCUCCCCUGAGACCCCCUUUAGUACCCAGGCCUCCCCUGAGACCCCCUUUAGUACCCAGGCCUCCUGAGCCCCCUUUAGUACCCAGGACUCCCUGAGACCCCCUUUAGUACCCAGGCCUCCCCUGAGACCCCCUUUAGUACCCAGGCCUCCCUGAGACCCCCUUUAGUACCCAGGCCUCCCCUGAGACCCCCCUUUAGUACCCAGGCCUCCCCUGAGACCCCCUUUAGUACCCAGGCCUCCCCUGAGACCCCCUUUAGUACCCAGGCCUCCCCUGAGACCCCCUUUAGUACCCAGGCCUCCCCUGAGACCCCCUUUAGUACCCAGGCCUCCCCUGAGACCCCCUUUAGUACCCAGGCCUCCCCUGAGACCCCCUUUAGUACCCAGGCCUCCCCUGAGACCCCCUUUAGUACCCAGGCCUCCCCUGAGACCCCCUUUAGUACCCAGGCCUCCCCUGAGACCCCCUUUAGUACCCAGGCCUCCCCUGAGACCCCCUUUAGUACCCAGGCCUCCCCUGAGACCCCCUUUAGUACCCAGGCCUCCCCUGAGACCCCCUUUAGUACCCAGGCCUCCCCUGAGACCCCCUUUAGUACCCAGGCCUCCCCUGAGACCCCCUUUAGUACCCAGGCCUCCCCUGAGACCCCCUUUAGUACCCAGGCCUCCCCUGAGACCCCCCUUUAGUACCCAGGCCUCCCCUGAGACCCCCUUUAGUACCCAGGCCUCCCCUGAGACCCCCUUUAGUACCCAGGCCUCCCCUGAGACCCCCUUUAGUACCCAGGCCUCCCCUGAGACCCCCUUUAGUACCCAGGCCUCCCCUGAGACCCCCUUUAGUACCCAGGCCUCCCCUGAGACCCCCUUUAGUACCCAGGCCUCCCCUGAGACCCCCUUUAGUACCCAGGCCUCCCCUGAGACCCCCUUUAGUACCCAGGCCUCCCCUGAGACCCCCUUUACCCCCCCUGAGACCCCUUUAGUACCCAGGCCUCCCCUGAGACCCCCUUUAGUACCCAGGCCUCCCCUGAGACCCCCUUUAGUACCCAGACUGUGUCCCAAAUACUCGUCAACAACUUAUUUUCCCAGACUAAAACUAUGAUGAUAACGAGACGGCCCUGGAAAAAAAUCAUAGCCAUUACAAAUGACUUUUCAUUUUAGUCUAUGAAAAUGUGACGAGACGAGAAUUCCACGGGAGACUAAUGGAUAUUUAAUUUGACAUGAAGCUCCUUUUCAUCUGUCCAAUCCUAAGCAUUCAUGCAAAAUAUUUCAUGCAAUCCUCUCAUCAAGCUGUCCGCUCAAGAGGAAGCUUAUCGCUGUAACCAGUGCCUGUAAUCUGAUUCAGGUUAUUAAUCAACCCACCAGGGUGUUUACAAACACUACAGGAACUAGAUCAUCCACAUGUAUUGAUCACAUUUUUACCAAUACUGUAGAACGUUGUUCUGAAGCUGUAUCCAUACCCAUAUGUCCAGUGUGCCCUGGCAUGCCCUACUAUGUUGGUUGUGUAUAAAUAUUUCAUUGUUUUAGAUUUUCAUAGUUUUUUUAUUCGUUUUUUUCCUGAGAAGAACAUUGUGUUGAAUUCCAUGUCUGAAAUGUGCUGUAUAAAUAAAGCUUGAUUUGAUUUGAUUUGGCCUUGUAUGGGUGAGUGAGUGAGUGAGUGAGGGAAUGAGUGAGUGAGUGUGUGAAUGAGGGAAAGAGGGAGUUUGUGAAUGAGGGAAAGAGGGAGUGA